AAUGUACACAUAUGUUUCUAACAAAUUUACAACCGUCAGGACCUUUAAAAUGGUCAAAAUAUGCCAGAAAUUGAAAUUCCUACCAUGAACUACCCAUUAAUGAAGAAAACUCAGUUCAACUCAAGGUAAAAAUGGGUACCUAAGAAUCGUUGUAAGACGUGCACCGCUUGUACUCGAGACAAUAACAACAAAUUUAGUAAUGUAAUGGAGAGAUACGGUCAGAGGUGGGACGAUAAUUUGUACAGUACUCACGUAGUACGUUGUUAGUGCGUGCUUCUAUGGAGUAGGCCAGCAUUUCAGCUGAUCCUUUAAAGGGGUGGUGACUGCUUACUUGGCAGGUUGCCUGUGAUGCAAGUAACGUGUGGGUGAAACAAUUUAGCAUUUCGUGAUUGUUGAACAUGGAAUAUGCGCUUGGAUACGUUAGGGUGUUAUACCCCAGCUCCAUAGUUCGGUCUGUCUCAUCGGUGGGGUCAUCGAUCACCAGACGUGUUUUGUUGCCUCCUCUGCCACCACAGCGUGCGUUCAGAGUCUGUAACCAUGAUCGUAGUAUCAGGAAAGGAGUUGUUGCAAGUACUUUGAGUGAACUGAUCAGCAAGUGUUUGGACACUUUACUAAUUGUCAGUGGAAUACUUACCUUUGUACUGGAGGAAGAUGGUACAGUGGUUGAUACAGAGGAGUUCUUUCAGUCCUUGGAAGAUGGGACCACUUUGAUGGUGUUAAAAGAGGGACAGAAGUGGACACCAGUAAAGGGAAGAAAUAGUUUUGACUCUGAAUGCCCAAAAAAGAAGGGAAUAGCUAAGGUCACUUUUGAUUUGUAUAAACUAAAUCCAAAAGAUUUCAUAGGAUGUCUCAACAUAAGAGCUACAUUUUAUGAUGUGUACUCUGUGACAUAUGAUAUUCAAUGUAUGAAAGCCAAGAAUGUUCUAAGAAAACUGUUUCGUGUUCUGUCAUAUUUAACACAUGCAGCUGGACAGUUCCUUCUUUUUGGUUCUACCUACAUGCUGCAGCUAACAGGGGAGUGUGAUGGAGGCAGCAGAGUGCCAGACAAGCAGAGCACCCGAGAUGGUUAAAAAGCCUUUUUCGUGUAAACACUGUUGCAUCUUCCUGUUGAGUCAUGGUUUCCAUAUUUAUUAGUUGUGUUUACAGUUGUAGUAUUGAACUUAAUCAUGUUAUUACAAAAUCGGUACUUCUUUUCAUAGACUUAAUACUUAAUUAUAACACAAGCUCGUAGCAUUUUUUGAUACUCAUUUUGUGGAAUGAUUUUGUAAUGUCAGGUCAUUAUUUAUGUGACUAUAAAUAAAUAUUUUUAAUUGUUUUACUGAAUAAUGUUUUGUAGUGCAUUAGUGUUCCUUCACUAUUUGAAGGUGUUGUAACUUAGAUGCUGUCCUCAUUUCUUUUUUUUUAUGUACAAAGUACUUUACAAUGUUAUCAGGCAACAGAAUGUCAACUGAGAGUGGUUUAUUACCUCUUCAGUGUACUGCCUUAUUUAUUAACAUAUUAGUGUGUCUUGGUUUAGUGAGAUAUAGUCAUGAGGUCACUUUAAUGAUGUACUAAUUCAACUGAAAAUGUAUGAGCUGCCCAUAAAACUGGAAUUUAAAACGUUUUAACAGCUUGUAAGUGACUGCUAAACUAAUUCUUAUAUUGAGUAUAUAAGGUUUAUAUAUAUCAUGUCAUAACUGUAAUAAAUUGCUCUUUAUGGCACUUCCAUUUUUUAAGUAUCUUUGCCCAUUCAGAAUCGGCACUGACUCUAGAUGUAAAUGUUCGGAAAGGUACAGUCUGCCUCUUUAUGUAAGUAGGUAGAUGCAGGGCUUCAUUGACUGGCAUUGUUCUGGGGCAAAGCCUGACUGACAUUGCUGUAUAAUAUCUGAAUAGUUUUCUGGAUUGAGCUCCUAAUUUAAUAGUAGGAGCUAGCAUUUAAGAGGAUGAUAGUGUUUUUUUUUAAGACUAGUUGAAUAAGCCAGAAUUGAUCACAACAUAUUUAUGUCUUUAAAGUAACAGUUCUUUUGGCUUCAUUCAUCGUAAGUGUACCACAUUUGCUGCUGCUUUUUUUUAGGCAUUUAAGAUAUUGUGGUGAUCUUUGCUAUUUGUACACAAAAUAUAAAAUAUCUGUAUUGUACACUUUUGUGUAAAACGUGUUGUGUUUUUUAAGCAUGUUUCAGACAAACAUUUUUAAAAGGAAGGGAAAAUGCAGGUAUAAUUUUAUAUUUAACAAUUGUUAUAUUUUAUUGAUCAAAGAAUAGUUAAUGUCUUAAAAGCUUGUUUUGAAUUGUUUUACUGCUAAUGAUUUAACACCUUAUGUGAAAAUUAAUGACAUUUUAUGGAUAAACCAUAUAUAAAUUAAAUAUAUGUACAUAUGCAGUGUUCUUCGUUGCAUAUAGCAAUAAAUAUACUUGGCAUCA